AUGCCUUCAGACAACGUCACUGGCAGCGAGAAUGGCAAAUUUGCCUUGCGUGGCCUCCUACAAGGUCAUAGAGGUCCAGUUGCGGCUGUAGCUGCUCAUCCUUUGGGGAUGUAUGUUGCCUCUGGUGGAAAACAAGGAACUCUCAUUUGGGACUUGCAAAUGCACGAACUGUUGGUGUCUCCAAGCAGAGCAGCUAAUCAAGGUGCCACGCUCGCCAUUGCUUGGAUAACGCAUCCGGACGAUCCAGAUGAGGGAGUUGCCUUUGGAACAGCUCAGGGUUACCUGGAAGUUUUUUGCGAUGAACUAGCCGGCGGUGUGGACGGCCAGGAGAUUUCCACCAUCGCAUACGACAUGAAGGCCAACCAGCUGGCCAUUGUUCAUCGGUCAGAAGUGAUCCAUAGAUUUGUCCUCGAUGGUCAAAUGCGGCCAACGAGAGUUGUGUCCGUGAAGAUCACGGCCCAUUAUCCACAGGCGGUCGCUUUCAGGCACACAGGAGUGCUAGGUCCUGAGAUCUGGAGUUUUGGUCGAGACGAUGGUGAUAUUCACGUCCUGGACGAGGGGGGCAAAAUCAUCAAAACAAAAUCCACAGGAGUCAUUAUGGGACAUGCGGCUGUCAACGUAAAUGAGGAUGUCUUCAUCGUGGACGACGUGGUGCAAGGAGUGGCACUCUACAAAUUCUCAGAUACAGAAAGGAUAAAGACCUUCCCAGUUCCAGCAGGAGAGCGGCGGUCAAGAAACGUAUGCUUCUUGAGUGACGCAAGCAUCAUCAUCACAGGAAGUCACCAUGGUAGGCUCUAUGCCUUCGAGAGACGUACAGGGGACAUCUAUGAUGUAAUUGACAUCGGUGUAGAGGACUGGAUUCAAAGUGUAACGACCGUGGACAUAGAAGGGGUUUCGGUAGUCAUCGCAGGGAGGUCCGGUGAUAACACUGGGAAGACAGAUCUGCAGGUAUGGGAGAGGGUGAAAAGAGGCACCUCACCAGAUGCAGAAGGCAAGGGGGGGAAUGGGGGGAUCAACUGUAUACAACUGAUAUGUGUAUCGGCAUUGAUCCUCUUCAUUCUGCGGGACAUCCUUUUGUACAAGGGCCUUCAGAUCUUGGAUUGGAUUCGUAAAUGGAUAUGGGAAACGGUAGAGAACCUUCAAAUGGAAUGGAGGGGGGGAGCACUGGAGAAGCCUCGAGUACGCGAGUUACAAACUAUAGUCCUGUGA